ACAUUUCUUGUUCUCGUCGUCCUCGCUAACGUGCGAAAAGUGAAUCGGUAAAAAGGAUUUGAAGAAUACAAAAACCUGAAACUUAUAAUCAAAAUUGUAAACUAAAAACCGUUAACCAUAAAUACAGCAUUUUACUCGUUGAAAAAAUUGAAAAAUAUGAAAGUUGCGAUAGCAGGUUGUAUUCACGGUGAAGUAGAGAGAAUGUAUAAAGUUCUUGAAUCAAUCGAAACUGAAAAAGACUGCAGGGUUGACUUACUGCUUUGUUGUGGUGAUUUUCAAGCAGUACGAGAUGAAAUGGAUCUCGAAUCGAUGACACGUACCAAAGACUAUCACGACCUGGGAACGUUUCAUAAAUAUUACAAUGGCGAAAGCACGGCACCGGUGCUGACAAUUUUCAUUGGAGGAAAUCAUGAGGCGUCGAAUUACUUACAAGAGUUACCGUUUGGAGGAUGGGUUGCGCCGAAUAUUUAUUAUUUGGGCUACGCUGGUUGUGUGAACAUUAAUGGUCUGCGUGUCGGCGGAAUAUCGGGAAUUUAUAAAAAGUACAACUACCGUCGAUAUCAUCACGAAUUCCCACCGUACACUGAGGAUUCGAAACGUAGCGUUUACCACGUCCGUGAAUUGGAAGUUUUCCGAUUGAAGCAAUUAUCCAGUAAAAUUGACAUUUUCAUGUCGCAUGACUGGCCGAGAAACAUUGACAAAUUCGGCGAUGAAAUGACUCCAACAGACCUGAUAUCAAUGAACCCAAAUUUCGAAUCGGACAUCAAAAAUGAUUGCCUUGGAAGCCCGGCCAAUAAAGAAAUUCUAGAUCAUUUACAGCCAUCGUAUUGGGUCGCAGCUCAUUUGCACUGUCGGUUUUCUGCUGAGAUACAACACGGUAGCUCAACGAAGACGAAAUUUUUAGCUCUGGAUAAAGCUGUACACGAUGCAAUCGAACGAAAAUUUAUCGAAAUUCUUGACAUUGAUGUCGAGCCGGAAGAAAGUCCAUUGUCAUACGAUUUGGAAUGGUUGACCGUUCUACACAAUACUCAGCAUUUGGUCACUGGUAAAACGAAAUUCAGUUCAAUGCCGAAGGAAAAUGGGCCAGUCCGAUGGAAUUUCACACCGACAUCUGAGGAAAAGGAGUUGAUCUUAUCGAAAUUCGAUGAUGAUCUAAUUGUACCGAUCAAUUUCUGUCGUAUGGGAAAAUCUGUGUUGAAAGGGAAACCACAGUCGAAUCCACAAACAUCAAAGUUUUGUAGUACAUUGAAUGUUGAUGAUCCGUUAUGCAUAGCAAUGGCGGGAAUCAAUUAGUCGUUUGAGUAAGUUAAUUUCUUGUGAUAAAUAAAUGAACGUUCAUACAAGUGAGUCGCUUUCUUUUACAAUAAAAACCACCAACACA